UUGGCAGUCUGCAAAUAACUGGGAGCAGUGGAGCAACGUUGGGCUUCCCAACUGGCAUUGUUUGAUUUUGAAAUCAAGUAUUGCCCAGGGGCUAUGAACCCUAAUGCUGAUGCCCUUUCUUGUCAAGUUAGAUCUCCCACCCUUAGGAUUGUACCCUACGUAGUCCCAGGGAUCAAGAUUCCAGCAUGGGCUAAGGCAUCCCCAGCUGGUACCCUAGUCACCGCCGCUACUUCCAUGGUCGGUGCUUUUCCAGUGAGAGAGAAAGUUGAUCUCCAAGCUUUACAGAAAAUGGACCCAGUGAUAGGCCCUUUUUUGCAUUACAGGGGGAGAGGUCAACCACCUACAGCAGGGGAGCGCAAGGGGGAGUCGGAAGAAGUUUUGGAAUUGGAGUGAAGCUCAGAAUCACCCCCAGACAGACAAUGAUAAAGGACCUGUGUGCUCGUGAUGCAGAGGGCACGAAAAAUGAGCUUGGUCAAGGCAAGAGACCAGCCACAGGGGGGCUGUCCAGCCAAAUCACACCCAUGCAGUUUCCAGCUUUCGACUGGCCACAUCGGUCCUCCACCCUGGGUUCCCGGGAGCUGGAUAUCGGCCUUAACCAGGUCACCAAGCGCCAGAGGAAGCUGCUGCUGAAGAAUCCCCCUGCUGCGCAGCCACUCAGCCCCUCUCUGCACAGCUGGUGGAGGCUCUCGAAGGUCCAAGAGGCACGCAAGAGGCUCAUGAAGGAGGUGUGCGCAAAGUAUAAGAGCAACAUCAAGCAGACGGUAACGCUCCAUCACGUGUCACGAAUCUUUGUGGAGGACCGCUACAAGCUGUUAUACUGUGAAGUGCCCAAGGUAGGCUGCUCCAACUGGAAGAGGGUGCUGAUGGUGCUUGGGGGUGUAGCCUCAUCCACUCAUGAGAUCAAGCAUGACGCCGUGCACUACGGCAACCACCUCAAACGGCUAGACAGCUUCGACCGGCAGGGCAUUGGCCAGCGGCUGCAGAGCUACACCAAAGUGCUCUUCGUGCGUGAGCCCCUGGAAAGGCUGGUGUCGGCCUACCGGGACAAGUUUGAGAACCCCAACUCCUACUACCACCCUGUGUUUGGGAAGCCUAUCAUCUCCAAAUAUCGUGCCAACGCCUCACAGGUGGCUCUCAGGACAGGCACUGGUGUGACCUUCAAGGAGUUCAUGCAGUACCUCCUGGACGUGAAUCGGCCAGUGGGCAUGGACAUCCACUGGGAGCACGUCAACCAGCUCUGCAGCCCCUGCCUACUGGACUAUGACUUCAUUGGGAAGUUUGAGGCCAUUGAGGAGGAGGCCAAUUUCCUCCUGCGGAAGACUGGUGCCCCAAGCAACCUCACCUUCCCCAGCUUCAAGGACAGGCACCCGCAUGCCGUGCGCACCUCGGCCGAAAUCACACAGCGCUACUUUGCACAGCUCAACGCCUUUGAGAGGCAGAGGGCCUAUGACUUCUACUACAUGGACUACCUGAUGUUCAACUAUUCCAAGCCUUUCAAAGAUCUAUACUGAGGCCUGCGACAGUAUACUGGCAGUAGACUGGCCGGACUCACCAUGUUCGCUUCACAGGCUUAUCACAGAUCAGAUGCCACCCCCCCCAAAAGUUGUGUGGAUUUUUUCACUUAAUCUCUAAGAAUGAAGAAAUAUCUACUUUAUUAAAAGAACCUGUCAGAUCACC